CCCGCCGCCCUCCCGGCGGCAGCCGCGCCCGGGGCCGGCCGGAGGCGCUGGGCAGCCCCGCCGCGCCCACCAUGGAGCCGCCUGUGCCUCCUCAGGAGCAGCCCCCGCGCCCUCGCUCGCACACGGUCACCACCACCAGCAGCUCCUUCACCGCCAACCUGUCGGCCAGCUCCAGCACCCUCGCCUACGACAGGGAGUUCCUGCGGACCGUGCCCGGGCUCCUUAUGGUGACCGAGAUCGUAUUGGGGUUGCUGGUGUGGACCCUGAUUGCUGGAACAGAAUACUUUCUAUAUCCAGCCUUUGGCUGGGUGAUGUUUGUAGCUGUGUUUUACUGGGUUCUCACUGUCUUCUUUCUGAUCAUCUACAUGACAAUGACCUACACCAGGAUCCCCCAGGUGCCAUGGACCAUGGUGGGUCUGUGUUUUAAUGGAAGUGCCUUUGUUUUGUACCUCAUUGCUGCCAUUGUAGAUGCAUCUUCAGUUACCAAAGAUCUGGACAGUCACAAUUACAACAGCUGGGCAGCUUCUUCUUUCUUUGCCUUCGUGGUUACCUCCUGCUAUGCUGGAAAUACAUACUUUAGCCUUAUAUCCUGGCGAUCACGGACUUUGCAGUAAAUAUUUUGUUACAAUGAAUUCUGUAAUAUAAAAUACCUUGAGGAUUAUUCACUUUUUUGAUAAAAGCUUGGAAGAGGGGUGAGGCAUUUUUGAACAUUUCUGUUAGAAUUGACACAAUAUAAACUGAGAUUGAAUGAUUAUUUAUAAUAAUGCCAUCUUUAGAGACAUCUAACACUGACUUUGUACUGUAUAACAAAAUUUCAUACUGCUUCUUUUAAAAUUAACAUGGUAUUUUUCUAGACAUUGUAUAGUUGUUAUUACUGAACCUUUAAUAAACCUUAUUCAAUGUGCCAAGUUCGUAAAUGUAACUUUUUAAAUGUUACAGGUAUACUUUUGAUAGUGAGUGCUACAAAUCAAAGCUUAAGACUGAUAUUGUCUCAUAAUUAUGUAUAAAAAGUGUAAUUGUGCAGAA